CUCGCCCUGCUGCUGGGGUCUCCCCUGGCACUGCUGAGCGGCUGCUGCGGUUUGGAAUCUGCUUCCCAGGCCCCCCUGCCCCUGCCACCGGCCCUGCCUCCCCAGGCCCACCGCUGCUGCCCUCCGGUCACUCCCAUGGGCCCCAGUGAGGGCCAGGAGGCCAAGCCCAUCCCCCCAUGUCUCGGUGCAGCAGGACCCCACCGUGCCAGCUGGGCACUAUCGCCGUAUGCACGGGGCUCCUCCAGCCUGGCACCACGUGUCACCCCCAGGAUGGCCAGCACGGGAACGUGGUAGUGGCAUGACCAUGGCAUGUUUGCCUCGCAGGGAACCAGCCGUGCUGGGGGAUUUACCACCCAGACAAUCUGCGGGCGCUUUAACGCAAGCUGGCACCAGACUGCUAGUCCUUGCUAAGCAGCUGUCAAUCACCCUGCUGGCCCCACACGGACACCCCCCCCCAGCCCCCUAUAAAGCUCCGAGCGCUGGGCUCCCGCCCACUGGUCCCAGCAGCAUGUCAGCAGCACAGCUGGUGUGGGGGGAGGCUCAGGUUGGCAACAUGCCGGGGGGCCCCAGAGGGGUGUGGGGGGCCCCAGGGUUGCUGCCGCCCGCUCACCACACUGUCCUGCAGCUGCCCUGCACCUACCCGGCACCACAGGAUGCCAACCUGCUGCCGCUGCACCUGAGUCUCCUUGCACAGCCAGUGACGGCUGCUUACAACCUCCAGCUCCUGCCCGGCCCCGUGCUGUGCGCCCCCUGCUCCGGGCAGGGCCUGCCCGCGGCGCUGUCCCGAGCCAAGGCGGCCACCUCCCGGGAGAGCACCAGCGCCCUGAAGGCCUGGCUGGGCCAGCACUGGAGGAACCCCUACCCCAGCAAGGGCGAGAAGGUGAUGCUGGCCCUCACCAGCAAGCUGAGCCUCGCCCAGGUCUCCACGUGGUUCGCCAACGCCCGCCGGCGCCUCAAGAAGGAGAAGCGGCUCCAUUGGGCCCCCCGCAGCAAGUGGGGCAGAGACGCCAGCGAGGCCGAGGCGGGCGAGCACCAGCCUGGGGCGCAGGGCGAGGGGCCGGGUGGCGGCCCCAAGGAGGGCAGCCCUGGCCCCUGCCUGGAGUCAGAGCACCAGCGGCCAAGCCCCCAGCCCCACAGUGCUGGGCUGACGCAGGAGACGCAGGCCAAGCUCUGGUGUCUGGCUGAGAUCGCGACGUGCCCCCGGCAGGAGCAGAGCUGCCGCCUACGGCUGGAGGUGGCACCGCCCAGCUGGGGCCCUGGGGCCCCAGGGUUGGCAGGGGGAGCCACGUACGUCCUACCCCCCCAGCUCAGCCUGGCCCUUCCCUGGCGCAGCGAGCGCCUCCGGACGCUCCCCCUGUGACGGCAGCAACCGGCGUGGGACUCACCGCGGGGGAGGGGGCUCAGCCCGU